AUGGCCGCCCCCUGCACGCGCCCUUCCCAGGCGAUCGAUUUCGACCGUCUGUCACCCGCGGAGCUUGCGGAACUGGCCAAAAAGCAGCUGAUCGCGAUCAGCGAAAAGGACGCCCAAAUCGCCUCCUUCGAGGAGUUUUUGACGAGCCUCAUGGGGGCCUUUCCCGCCUCGAUGAUGCCGAGCUUCGCGGCGGCGACCAAAUCCCCCUCCCCCGCCCCCCCCCAACGUCUGUCUUUGCCAUCCCCCGCGGGUGGGACUUCCCCGCGCGGGGAGUCCGGGGGAGACCCGAAUACGGCGAAUCCCAAUCCUAUUCCCAGCCAUAGUUCCCAGAAUAGUUUUCAUACUUCGCAUAUGACCACGAAUACCCAUGCGGGCAAUCGAAUUCCGCCACCCGGGCGAGGGGAAGGGCCGUCGGCGUACCGCGCGCUCGGGCUGGAGAUCCAGGCCGCGAUGGAGAACGAGCGCAUUCAGUUCAUCACGCGGAUCUCCGAGCUGGAAAGCGGCCUCGCCCUCGCGGAGGGCCACCUGCGGGCGAAAACCCUCGCCCUCACGACCCUGGAGGGCAAAGUGGAGGGUUGGAAGGCCAAAGUCGUCGCCUCCAAGGCGCGGGACCUCCGGCGGAUUGAGGAUUUGCGCGCCAAGCUCGCCCAGCGCGAGCAGGAGCCGCUAAAGCCGGGCGAGCGGCCAUCCCCCGAGGAGGAUGUGCGGGUCGAGGAGGAUUAUAGCCGCUCCGAUCGCUCCCACGCGGAUGGGGAAGUGGAGGAAACUGCCCCUGUGGGGGGGAACGCGAUCACCCCCAGCGCGACGAAUCCCGCGGUGCUUUCCAUCGCGCGGGAGGACGACGGGGCGGGGUUUUUUUCCCGUCCCGGCGGGCUCGAGGAGGGGUCGGCGGCCGCAGGGGGCGACGCCGCGCGCGAUUGCCGCGAUGAACUCACGCGCCGGAUGGAAGGUUUAGCCCCUUUCGUGGCGGAACUUCAGGAGCGCUGCGCCGCGCUGACCGGGCGGAAUCAAACUCUCGAGCGGAAGGUAUGGCGGCUUCGGCGAUUUGCGCUCGCGGUGCUUGCGGAGAUGGCGCGUCGGGUUUCGCACAGCCCUGCCCUUGUAGACGCGAUUAACGAACAGCGAAAGGAACUUCAGAUAUAA